AUGGCCAGCGCAGCACUUAGCCGGAGGCGACGGCGCCGUCGUCGCAUCGACAAACCACCAGUCGCAGCACGGCUGGUCCUCGACGACCAGAUCCGGGGAGACGUAGGUCUCCUCUCAGACGACCUGUUCCGCGAGCUGUUUCCCAACCAAGCAGCAGCAACAGACGCAGACUCGAGCACCGAUGUAGCCCAUAUUGCCCUCGCGCCAUGGACUCCGCAAGCCUCAGCGACCGGCGCUCCUUGGUCCCUCGUCCCCGUGACUCGCUCCACGACCCUGGGCGCGACAUCGACUGUAUACUUCUCCCCCUCGUCGUCGUGCCUGCAGCGAUUCGCCGUUUCCCUGCAGCGUCUCGCCCCCUCGAAGCUGGCCGGUCAUCGGAGCGGCCUCGACGUGCUGGUCCUGGACGCAGCCCCCAUCCGCCUCGACACCGUGUACGUCAACAUCGAGAGCGACCUGACGCGGCGGCUGGAGGCUGGGGAGGGCACCUUCUACCGGGACCAUCCCACGGCCGCGGGGCGGGGCAAGGGCUCGGCCACGGCGGACGAGAAGCUGGCCUCGGCGCUGAGGUAUGCGUUGAGCAGCCUCAAGAUCGUCCACGCGGAGGACCUGUUCCCCCUACCGCUGCCUCCGCACCCCGUCACCCAUGUGCCUCCGAGCCCCGGGCGGAUCAUGCUGUGCGAGCCUGUGGCGCAGGGUGUCUUAGCCGACACCACCAAGAUCAUUCUCAUGCGGGGACGCGGCCAGGGGAAGCGCGCGAGGAUCUCGACGCCCUCCAUCACCGUCAGCCGCCAGACGAGCGAGGACGACGACGGCGGGAACACGGACCAGUUCUUCUCUGCGGCCGAGGAGCGUGAUCGGUCUGAUGCGCCUGGCGGGGAGGAGACGGAGACUGGCACCGAGACGGAGACGGACCUGUCAGACGACGACCGGGAUGAGGACGACGACAACCUCUCGGACGAUUCCAUGGACGACAUGAUAUCUCUGCAGGCGCCUACGCUACCCACCUCUGCUGCCAGUGGUGUUUCCACACUCCAGGCUGGCACGCCGAUGACUGUAGGCACGCUUAGGGGACGCAAGACUAAUGGUGUGUCGACACCGGGCUCCGUCUUCUCCAACAUGACGGCGACUACGGCACGGCCUGAUAGGCCUAGGGGGCGACUGUUCAAGGCGCAGGGACUACUUGGGCCUAUGCCGGCAGACUCUUUACAUCCCAAGCCUGCGCCAGAGGACGACGACGAGGCUCGCGUCUACGUCCAUGUAUCUUCACUGUCUAAAAUCGGCUGCUUUUCAGGUGAUUGGGUUCGUAUCGAAGCUGCCGAGGAGCCCCCCGUCAACGGCUUUGGAGCGUUCGGGUUGGGCAGCUUUGGCCAGCUGAACUCGGAGGCCCCUGGGAACUGGCGGCCGGUUCGUGUCUACGGCCUCCCGGAAAGCUACGCGCAGCGCCCGAUGACGAGGAUACCGAGCUCGAAGAUGGGGGAGAGGAGGCUCUCGUUCUUCGACUCCCAGGUGCAGCCGACGCCGAGCCCGACGGCGUACGCGUCGCCCAUCCUGCUGGCCAAUCUGGACGAGGCCAAGUACCUCCGGAUUGCGCCGCUGCGGAAGAAGUCAUCUUACCUGGGUAAGGGGACGCUGCCGAGGUUCACGAGUGCCUCCCGCCCCCCCUAUGCCCGGGAGAUUACCAUCCACCACGUACGGACGCCAGUCUCUGCAGAGAGGGCGUACCAGACGGCAGUUUUGGGCGGAUUGAAGCAUUUCUUUGCUUCCAAGACCAGGCUGGUACGGUCUGGUGAUCUCAUCGGAGUGCCUGUGGAUGCUCAGCUUGGCCGGGCUUUGCAGGAAACGAUCGGAGGAGGCUCUGAAGUGGAUGAUGUCGUUGCUCUGACGGGCAAGCCUGGUAGCCAGGAGCCGUCAAGCUUUGACAAUGUGGCGUGGUUCAAGGUUGGCAGUAUCCAGAUCAACAAGGCUGACGAGGAUGAAGAUGGGACGGCCGAGAGUCUCUGGGGCUCGGUUGCUUGCAUUGACAGCUCGUCUGUGGGCAUGCACGGAUCUGGCUUUCAGACGAGUCGCAUUCCUGGUACCAAGGGGAGCACCUGGCCUUAUUACCUCGGUCUAAAGAAGACUCCUAGACGGGAUGCUGAUGGACCGGCGAUUCCGCUACCCUCAGUGCAGGAGGAGCAAAGCCACGUGUCUCCUCUCAGACACCAGCUACGGCAGCUGUUGGCUGCAGCAACAAGCCGGAGGGCGAUUCAUCUCAAGAUGCCUCCUGUCGCUAUCCUCCUGACUUCCACCCAUAGACACAUUGGAAAGGCGACGCUGGCGGCUGCGGCAUGCUCAGACAUCGGUCUUCACACAUUCACCAUCGACGCUUACGAUAUCUUGAGUGAGGGUGGUGGCAGCGGAAGCGAUGUGAAGACGGAAGGCUUCCUUCGCACCCGCGCUGAGCGGGCUAUGAGCUGCGGCCCGGACUGCUGCGGCUUGCUUAUCCAGCACAUUGAGGCAUUGACCGCAGACCGGAUCGAGGCGACUAUGAAGGAGGUGCUCAACGACACAAGAGUCCUUAUUGCAACAACGAACGAGGUCGACAAGGUUCCCGACGGUGUGCGAGGACUCUUCACGCAUGAGCUGGAGAUGAACGCCCCCGACGAGGGCGAGCGUGAGGCUAUACUGCGCAACAUUCUGGAGAACAGGGGGCUGAGCCUCGAGCCAAGCAUCGAUCUGAAUGCGAUUGCUCUCAAGACUGCUGCCCUCGUGGCUGGUGAUUUGGUAGAUGUAGUAGACCGGGCCUCGGCUGCUCAGCAAUCUCGUCUCGAAGCCUUGGCCACCUCCGCCUCAGAGUUGUCUCCCGACGAGCCUGCUGUGACCGUCCGAGAUGUCCAAGUCGCCGGCGGACCUGCGGCACUCUGCCUCACCAAGGGCGACCUCGACGCCGCGGUCGAAGCGGCCCGCAAGAACUUCUCAGACUCGAUCGGCGCGCCCAAGAUCCCCAACGUCACAUGGGACGACGUCGGUGGUCUCUCCAACGUCAAGGAUGCCAUCACAGAGACCAUCCAGCUUCCCCUCGAGCGCCCCGAGCUCUUCGCCCGCGGCAUGAAGAAGCGAUCCGGCAUUCUGUUCUACGGCCCCCCCGGCACCGGAAAGACCCUACUCGCCAAGGCCAUCGCCACCGAGUACAGCCUCAACUUCUUCAGCGUCAAGGGCCCCGAGCUCCUCAACAUGUACAUCGGCGAGUCCGAGGCCAACGUGCGCCGCGUCUUCCAGCGCGCCCGCGACGCGAGGCCCUGCGUCGUCUUCUUCGACGAGCUGGACUCGGUGGCCCCCAAGCGCGGCAACCAGGGGGACAGCGGCGGCGUCAUGGACCGGAUCGUGUCCCAGCUGCUGGCGGAGCUCGACGGCAUGUCGGGCGGCGACGGCGACAGCGGCGGCGUCUUCGUCAUCGGUGCGACCAACCGGCCUGACCUGCUCGACCCGGCGCUGCUGCGGCCGGGAAGGUUCGACAAGAUGCUCUACCUGGGCGUCUCCGACACCCACGAGAAGCAGCUCACCAUCUUGCAGGCGCUCACACGCAAAUUCGCCCUCGACCCAGCCCUGUCCCUCAAAUCCGUCGCGGAUCGCCUCCCCCUCACGUACACGGGCGCCGACUUCUACGCCCUCUGCAGCGACGCCAUGCUCAAGGCCGUCACCCGCCAGGCCAACCAGGUCGACUCCAAGAUCCGCCAGCUCGGCGGCGACAUGUCCACCGCCUACUUCUUCGACCACCACGCCAGCCCCGCCGAUCUCGCCGUCGUCGUCACCGAGCCCGACUUCUCCGCCGCCCAGGAGGAGCUCGUGCCCAGCGUCAGCCAGGGCGAGCUGCAGCACUACGAGAGGGUGAGGGCCACGUUCGAGGGUAGCGACGCGCAGAAGAAGUCGUCAUCUUCGUCAUCUGCUGCCAAGGGCAAGGGCAAGGCCGUGGCGGAGGAUGGCGACGAUGAUGGGUGGACGCUGCGGAGGGACAAGGGGAAGGGGAGGGCUGCCGCCGCUGGGUUCCAGGAGGGGACGGCGAGCGACGACGAGGGGCUGUACUAG